GGGGAACUCGUCCUUUGUCAGUUUCUGUUUUUUGGGAAUUGGAACAUUAGUGCUAUAAGUCAUGGUGAAUAGGGCUAUUAAGAGUAUUGUUGACCAAAAUAGAGUUUCUAGUCUGUUUCGGGAGACUUUUACUGGGCCAUCAUGCUUAUACCAUUGGCUUAAUAGCUAUAGACCAAGAAAUUACCUUAGAAGAAAUUUGUCAUACAUUCAAAAAUCUCGUAGAAAAACUAUAAAAAACAAGCCUAAACAACAGGAACAACGUCUUACACUUGAAGACUUGUGUAGACGUCGUAAACAGGAAGAAGAGACAAUUUCCACCAGUCGAAUUCAUCGAACCCUUCAACUUACUUUUCAAGGGUUAGUUGCUUACGCAAGCCAUUCACCAGGAAACAGAUCACGUAUCAAUAUUGAAUGUGAAAUCACUGUUUUUGAAGUUAAAAAAUCGUCAAGCAAUAUUGCGAAAAAACGCAAAUUGAACAAUGGAAAGUUUGAAUCGAAUGAUUUUCAAUUAACUCACCGAUCAACUAUUCCUUUAGUGUUAGAUGAAAAUGGUUGUUCAAUGGGGAAUACUUUGUCCAUAGAACCUUAUACAACGAAUAUUAAUGGCGUUACUUCUCAAGAUGUAAUUCUAGGAUUUCGUUUAUAUGCACUCAAUAGCCAAUCAUGGCCUCCUGUUAGUGCGGAGUCUGUAAGGACAAUAAUUAACGGUGAAAAGAGAAAACUUCAUUUAAUACCAAAACUUGUUGAUUGUUCUGAUGGUCGCCGAAUUUUAUGUGUUCAGAUGGGUGUGAUAGAGAACGGAAAUUUUUGUAAAGAUAGACGAUAUGAGCUUGAUCUUAGUUUUGCACGUGAACAAUGUUCAAUAAUAGAGUCAAAUUGGAAAAUGCGUUUUACGGUUAAUUGGAAGCAUAAAGUAAAUCUUCCUUUAAAACCCAUGAGUUCAAGACCAUCCAUAUCUGUUACUGCUCCAAGUGAUGAUCCGCUAGUAACUUACGUUUAUCGUGUCGCUGAUUGUGAAUUGCAUCAAGCAAUGAAAGGAUUUCGUUGCCCAUGGUGUACUAAUCUUAGUUUCAGGGAUAGUGCAUGUUUAAUGUUUCAUCUUCGUAAUAACCAUAUGCAUCUAAAGUUUAAUACAAAGAAUGGCAAACAAGCACCAAGUGAUCGCAUAAUUGUCGUUAGUUCAAACGAUGAUUUGUCAGAACUAGAUUUCUUUGAUAUUGAUAAGCGUGAAGGUACAUGGAACCCAAAGCCAUUUGUGUAUCCUGUAAAGCAAUAUACAACGCCGCCAGUGGCAUUAUCAUCAAUGCCUUCAUUAACUUUUUAUAAUUCUCAAACUUUCAUGCCAUACCAUGUUGAUGACGAUGUGGAUGAUUCUGAGGACGAUAUUUGUACUCAUUGGGUGGAACAAUAUAAUGACGAGACCCUUGAUGAGAUACCAGACGUUAAUGAUAAAGAAAAAUUAAUGAUGAAAAUGUGGAAUAGAUUCAUAGAACCACAAAAGGGCCUUGCUGAUCGUAACCUUCCGGAAGUUUGUUUUCAAUUUUCCAAGGCGCGUGCCGAUCAAAUCAUAUCGUUGGACUUGAGAAAUGAAUUUGCGUUUCAUUUACUCAAUAUUCUCGAAUUUCAACUGAUUGACAGUCAAUGUGUUUCUAAAUGUUUGGGCUAUGUGGAUAAGGUUAAGAAUAAUAACAAAAAAAAUUUAUAGUUGUAUAGUUAUGAGAAAAUUUUAAUACUUGUAUAGACUAUUUAGAUUUCUCACUUAAUUUAUGACAAAAAAAAACUAUCAGACUUUAAUAAUAAUACCUUUUAAUGAAUAGGCAAAAAAAAAAAUUGAUUUUUUAUUUUGCUGAACUUUAUU